AUGGGCCUGCGCCCUGUCGCAGAGUCGCUGGAAGAGCUUUGCCAUGGGAGGCGAGAGUGUUGGGGGUCAGUGAUAAAGUCCAAGCUCACGUGGCUCCAACGCCGUGACGGUAUCAGGAGUUGCUGCAGCAGGCCGGCGGAUUUCUGGGUAUGGGUGCUGGAAACGAAACCCAUAGCGGCGCUGAUGAAUCUCGACAUGGACGGCUUCUCCCGGGGUCUUGGCAGCGGCCGGUCACCUCCGUGGGCUUCUCGCUCCCCCGCUGUUGCCGCGUCCUCACCCGGAUGCCGGCUAGUUGUCGAUAGUCGGUACGUCGUCUCCUAG